AUGCUCCAGUGUCCUUGCUCAAAAUACAGACCUUUCCCCCCAGUCAAGCUGCCUGAACGCACUUGGCCAGACCAAACUCUCACAAAACCCCCCCGCUGGCUUUCAACAGAUCUUCGCGAUGGUAACCAGUCUCUGCCAGACCCUAUGACUGUCGAAGAAAAGAAGGAAUACUUCCAGAAACUAGUCCAAAUCGGCUUUAAAGAAAUUGAAGUCGCUUUCCCAUCAGCCUCCCAACCUGAUUUCGACUUCACCCGCUUCGCCGUCCAAACUGCCCCACAAGACGUUGCCGUCCAAGUCUUAGCACCUUGCCGUGAAGAACUUAUCCGUCGUACAGUCGAAUCUCUCCAAGGAGCUCACCGUGCCAUUGUUCACAUCUACCUCGCUACAUCAGAACUCUUCCGUGAUGUUGUCUUUGGCAUGGAGGAAGAUGAAUCUAUUGCCCUUGCUGUCAAGUGUGCAACCCUCGUCCGCAAACUCACAAAGGACGCUCCAGAACCUUCCAUCGCUCCCUCAGGUAAACCCACCGUCUGGUCCUUUGAAUUCUCCCCUGAAACCUUCUCAGACUCUGACAUGGGCUUUGCAGUCCGCAUCUGCGAGGCUGUCAAAGCUGCCUGGGGCCCCUCGGAAGAAAACCCAAUCAUCUUUAACCUCCCAGCAACUGUCGAAAUGACUACCCCUAAUGUCUACGCUGACCAGGUCGAGUACUUCUCAACCCACAUCUCUGAGCGCGAAAAGGUCUGCAUCUCCCUCCACCCUCAUAAUGAUCGUGGCUGCGCUGUCGCCGCUGCUGAGCUUGCCCAAAUGGGCGGUGGCCAGCGUGUUGAAGGAUGCUUGUUUGGAAACGGUGAACGCACCGGUAACGUUGAUCUCGUCACCCUCGCUCUUAACCUCUACACCCAAGGUGUUUACCCCAACCUCGACUUUAGCGAUAUGAUGUCCGUCAUUGAUGUCGUCGAGCGCUGCAAUAAGAUCCCAGUCGCUCCCAGAGCCCCCUACGGUGGUUCUCUCGUCGUCUGUGCUUUCUCGGGCUCCCACCAGGAUGCCAUCAAAAAGGGCUUUGCCCGCCGCCAAAACCAAACAAAUGGCGACUCCAAGGUCGAAGAAAACACCCCUUGGAAAAUACCAUACCUCCCUCUCGACCCCAAGGAUAUUGGCCGUACAUACGAGGCUGUCAUCCGUGUCAACUCCCAGUCUGGAAAGGGUGGUGCCGCUUGGAUCAUUCUCCGCAACCUCGAGCUCGAUCUCCCUCGUGGUCUCCAGGUCGCCUUCUCCAAGGUUGUCCAGGAUGCUGCUGAGGUCAAGGGCCGCGAACUCAAAGCCACAGAGCUUGUCGAUCUGUUUGAGAAGCAAUACUUUUUGGAAGAGUCGCAGGCUGGCCACGUGUACUCUCUCGAUGCUGAAGAGGACUUUAACAUUGUGUCCACUGGCAAGGAUAAGCGUCAAUUCCAAGGUUUCUUGUCAAUUAAUGGUGUUAAGCACAAGAUUACUGGUAACGGUAACGGCCCUAUUUCGUCUUUUACUGACGCUAUCAACUCAUUGAUUGAGAGCUCAUUUGGGCCCCUGGAGGUGCUCACCUACCAUGAGCACUCUAUUGGCGCUGGCUCUAACACCAAGGCUGCUACAUACAUUGAAAUGUCUGCUCUUAACCCCAAGAACAAGGCCCAUAAGAUCAAGCAAUGGGGUGUUGGCAUUCAUGAGGAUGUAUCCCAGGCUUCUAUCCAGGCCAUUCUGUCCAUUGUCAACUCUAUUGUUCGGGAUUUCCCAGAGGCCACACCCAAGGCUAUUUCCAAUGGUACCAAUGGUACUAAUGGACAUUAA